UUUGGAAACGUCGAAACGUCAAGUGAUUUCUAAAAUUAUAUAUCAUCUAUCUAAAUCAAAUAAUAAAACACUUAUAUUUUGUACACAUGUAGAUGAAAUCGUCGUUAUUGUAACUUUGUGAUAUGCAUUCAUUUUAAGGCUGCGUUGCGUUAAGUUUUUAUCUGUUGUUCGCCACUAUCUUGCCACUUGCCUAAAAAUCAUAAGAAAUCUCGAUGCCAGCAUAACAUAAUCAUCAUCAUCGUCAUCAACAACAACACAAAAUAAAGACCAGAGAUACUUUAAGAAAAAACAAAUUAUGACACUGUGGGAGAGGGCUUGCAAUUUGGUGAAUGCUCGUUAGUUCACAGCAAUGAAAACUCGUUUUUUAAAUUGUUUCGUGGUGAUAAUUGUUUUUUUGUGAGAAGAGUUCAUGCAGAAACACCAAGCAACACAACUACAACAACAAACAAAGAAAAGCUAAGCUUCAAAUGAAAAACAACUGAACAAAAGAAGGAAGUCAGCAGCAGCCAAAAUUUGUGUUUGGUCGUUUGCCCCACAAGUAACACGCUGUAGAUAAAGAUGUCUUCGUCAAUUAAGGUUGCAGUAAGGGUUCGUCCCUUUAACUCAAGGGAGGAGGAUAUGGACGCGGUCUGCAUUGUGGAAAUGGAGAAUAAGAAAACAAGGCUCCUGAAACCCAAAUUGCAAGCGCUCAGAGAUGCUGGUCGGGAAAAUCACCAUGAUUUUACAUUCGACUAUUCUUACUGGUCGUUCGACAAAAACGAUAAGCAUUUUGCGACUCAGGAACAAGUAUACAAUGACCUAGGAACGGAUGUAAUAGAUUGUGCUUUUCAAGGUUACAAUGCGUGUGUUUUUGCGUAUGGCCAGACAGGAUCAGGCAAAACAUUUACAAUGAUGGGGGCACCGGACAACCCCGGUCUGAUACCAAGAAUUUGUUCAGAACUUUUUGCGCGUAUGCGUGUGGGACAGGAAUCUGGAACGGGCUACAAAACCCAUGCAAGUUAUUUGGAGAUUUACAAUGAGCGCGUCAAAGAUCUAUUGGGCCCACAAACCAGUGGGCAUGGAUUGAGAGUGCGGGAGCAUCGUACACUAGGUCCUUAUGUUGAAAAUUUGUCCCAACAUUCCGUAGCGGAUUUCGAUGAGAUUCAAGAGUGCAUCACUCGCGGAAAUAUUCAACGCACAACUGCCAGCACGAACAUGAACGAUACCAGUAGUCGUAGUCAUGCUAUAUUCACCAUAACCUUUGUUCAGGCAGGCUACUUGAAUGACAUGCCCAGCGAAACAGUAUCCAAAAUACAUUUAGUGGACUUGGCUGGAAGUGAAAGAGCAAAUGCAACGGGCGCCACGGGACAGCGGCUAAAGGAAGGAGCCCACAUCAACAAGUCCUUGGUAACAUUGGGGAGCGUCAUUUCUGCUUUGGCCGAACAAACCACCACUGCCAAUGGUAGUUCCAGUACCAAGCGAGUUCUUUACAUACCCUACAGAGACUCGAUUUUGACCUGGCUCUUAAAAGACAGUUUGGGUGGAAACAGUAAGACAAUAAUGAUUGCCGCACUUUCACCGGCUGAUUGCAAUUACAGCGAGACUCUGAGCACCCUACGUUACGCCAAUCGAGCCAAGAAUAUAAUCAACAAACCAACCAUUAACGAGGAUCCAAAUGUCAAACUUAUACGAGAGCUUCGAGACGAAAUCAAUAAGUUGAAAUCUAUGCUGAGCGGAGACAUUCAACCUCUUCAGCCGUCGCUGAAGAUGCUAGAAGAUCUGCAGAAGAAAGAGGCACAGGAAAAGGUCCUCACCGAGGAAUGGACAGAGAAAUGGAAGGAAGCUCAAUCAAUUUUGCAAGAGCAGAAAAGCUUGGGGCUGCGAAAGUCCGGUGUUGGCGUCGUAUUAGACUCUGAAAUGCCCCAUUUGAUAGGCAUUCACAAUGACAUCACCACUGGUGUAACUUUGUACAGCUUGAAGGAGGGUGAAACGUUUAUUGGUACCGACGAAGCGGAAAUACCUCCAGACAUCGAACUGACAGGCGAUGGCAUACGUCCACAACACUGCACCAUUGUUCUAAAAGAUGGCAUUUGUACGUUACAUCCCGGUGCGCUGGCCCAGUGUUGGCUUAACGCACACUUGAUUGACGAACCCACAAAUAUAUCACAGGGGGAUAUAAUUUUGUUGGGCCGGACAAACAUUUUUCGUUUUAACAAUCCGACGGAAGCAGCCAGGUUACGCAAGGAGUUCAACCGCUCACAGUUGGAUAUGUCUCGACUGUCUCUCAUAACAUCGUCCCGAGAAAAUUUACUGACAUCGAGCUUUUGCAUGGACGAUGAUUCAAACUCCUCCAUGAGCGGCAGUAUGAUCUCAUCGCCACUGAAGCGAAACGAACGGCAAUAUUAUCCCACAAAGCCAAUGUCACGUGAUGACCCAGAAUUGCAAGAUGAAAAUCGAAAAAUUUUGGAGACCAUUGAGAACGCUCUAAAACAGUUGAAUAUAGAGCGUGUCCAAAUGCACGAUCAAUACAAGACUAAAGUACAAAAACUAACGGAAGAGCUAAAGCGCCUGGAAAAGGAAGAGAAAAAUAGUCUGGACUUGUUGCGCUGCCGCGAAGAAGAGCUUUUGGCACGCAAGGAUAUGCUGCUGUGGGAAAAGAACAACGAGAAAGUGCAGAUUGAUAUUGUAUGUAGACAGAUAUCGGCCCUGCAAACACAGCUCGAUUCCAAGAAACGCGAUUUUUCGGAAUAUGUCGCAAAGGAGCUGCAAGAGCUCCAAGAUUGCGGAAAAUUGGAUGAGAUUGACAUAAAAGUUGAUCCGACGGUUCCCUUGACAGAUGACUUAUUAUUGCAGGCUGCUGAUUCGUUGGACUUAUUUGCCUCUCAAUUCAUUAAGGACACCGUGAGAAGAAAUAAUGAAGACAUUCGUCGUCUUGAUGAACAGGUUGCCGACAAGGAAUCUAUUUUGAACUCAAGCACGGCCAAAAUUGCACAAGUUGACGAAAAUCUUUUGCAAAUUGAAGAAGAAUUGCAACAACUGUCUUUAGAGCGCAAGCAAAUGGAAGUGGACAAUGAAUGCCAGCUGGCUGCUAAAAAGGAAGGUUUGCAUUUACAUUUGUCGAACAAGCGAGGAACCACCACCGAUAUGAAUGUGCAGACAGAGAACGAUGUGUCGUAUUCCACAUGCGAUACCUUUCACACAGCCCAAACUAAUUUGAGUUCAAAUAUGGGUUCGCCCACAAUCGCGGACGAUGACAUUACGCCCCUUAGCAAUUGUACAUUAUCUUCUGGCGGAGAAAUGGAAGAUGACGAUGAUACCAUCUCCGACUCUGGUAUUCGAAAAUCGAAGACAUCCUCACCCACAUCAUCUGCCACCAACAGUACCGAGCCAAAUUCGAAAAGUAGCAAUGCAAGUGGCAGCAAUAAGAAACCGCUGGGUUUGCCCAAUGCUGUAAUGAGCGACAGCGGUGUUUGUUUGGACCCCAUUAGAAGUAUGAACUCAGUGAAGACUGCCGGCGAUUUGUCGAAGAAUAAUUCGGCCGCCAAUGGAGGUAUUGGCGAUAGUGCACUUUGUAACUCAGACGACGAAACGGGUUCGUGUUCUUCCUGUGAGAUAAAUCCCAACAUUGAUGGCAAUUUGCACCCGCACUGUCCCAUGCACAAUCUGAGACGCAAAAUAGCUGCUCAAAAGGCAUUGAUCAUGAAAAACCUCGAAAUGAAUGUGAACAAGGCAAAAUUGGAUGAGCAGAUAGCUGAGCUGCAGGAUCUGCAGAAGCGCUACGUCAAAAUGGAAAAACAAGCUAUGGAAAAUGCCAACUGUAUAGAGGAUCAUCAUCUGUGUUGCAAUGCUAUGCAGGAUUAUGACCAGAAUGAAGAUGACAAUAACGAAAGCCAGCCUCCCAUGGAAGGUCCCUCCUCGUAUAUGAUGCCCAGCAUGACAAGAUCCUGGCCGUCGGCAAGAGACGAUUUCAAUGAGACUGAACAUUUUAUCACAGUACCAACGUUUGUCAUUCGUGGUGCAGGUAAACAAACCCAUUACGAGUAUGAGGUACGCAUUGCAUUGCCCGAUGGCAAGCUGAAUAUAUUGCGGCGUUAUAGUCGGUUUCGGGAGCUACACAUGAGCAUGAAGAAUCUGUACGGUGCCAAGAUUGCUGCAUUACCUUUUCCUCGAAGAGAGCUAUUUGCCUCUAACAGCGAGGCUGUGGCAAAGCACCGUCGCCGUUUGCUGGAGCUCUACUUGCGACGCCUCUUUGUCGUCUGUUCGAGAAUACCCCAGUGUCCGAUCUACGAAGGCCCCGGAGCGCCCGGCCUCACUCGAAAGACCCUCGCCGAGUUUUCGCCGUUCUUCAAGAAGGGGCUCUUCGAGAACGGCAGGCACGGGACGGGAUAAUAGUUACCCUACUGCUAAAUUAUCUCUUACCUACAGUGUGUCUUCUUAUAUAUUUUUAUUAUCUCUUAAGUUAUAUGUCACAAACAUGAAUUGAAUGGCAGAGCCUUCACUAAACUCACCCCUUCUCCCCCAA